UGCUAGAGUAUUGGAAGAUGGAUUCAUAAAUCCUAGAUUUAUUAUUGGGGUUGAGGAGUUUGUUGCAUUUGCUAAAAGACAUCCAGAAUGCAUGGAUUUUGAAAAGCUAAGAUGUCCUUGUAACACCGGUUCAGGUUCGGGUUCGUUCCUAAUGGUCAUUCUAUCUCGAAGACCAUCACUGAUACCUUCAUGGAGCGACAAGAUGCUACUGGUUACACAUGGAAGGUUGUCUGCCAAUACACUCGUGACUUCUAUUGGCAUGAAUUUAUGAAAUUAUAUCAUUGGAGUUCUGCUGAGGAUGCCAUAAUCAAACAUACUUGGAAAAAAGUGGCAUCUACCUUGUACACUAAAAAGCGGCACAAGUGGUAGAAAUUUACAACCAGACCUACUUUUAUUAAAGAGCAUAUAUGGGAAAGCUGGCAGGCACACUGGUCAUCGGAAAAGUGGCUUGAAAAAUCUCGUGUCGCCACUCAAAAUUGGUGUAGCGAGACUGGUGGUCCAGGCACUGGUCCAAGCAAGCAUACCGGUGGUUCUAGGUCUACAGUGGAGCAUACUAUAAAAUUGGCAAUAUAAUUACAUCGUCCAGCAAAUUCAUGGGAUAUAUUUAAGAAGCUGCAUAAAAGAAAGGAUGGGAACUUUGUGGAUACCAAGUCUAAGACUGUUGGUGAUAAAAUGGAAGUUGCGAUGGCUGCUGCUAUUCCGAGCUCAUCCGAUGAUUCACAAGAAGUUCAAAAUGCCGAUAUAAAUCGCCUAUACUUGGAUGUUGUCGGCGGAGAGAAGAAAAGACGUGUGUAUGGAUUGGGCUCUCAAGCUGCGACUUUGUAUCAAGGCUGCAAUUCUGCCACUUCACGCCAUUUGCCUGUAGUACCAGAUCCCGCUGCUGAAGAGCGCAUCAAAGUGCUUGAGGAGGAGGUGUUGCGUAUGAGAGAAACACAAGAGAGGAUUCUUCAAGAGCGCGUGGAGGCAGAGGUGCAACAACGCGUAGACCAAGAGGUCUCGCGUUUGAAUCAACAGAAUGAUGAUCGAUUUCGGUCUAUGGAGGAGCGAUGGAUGCGCAGGAUGAGCGAGAUGGCAUUAUCAUCUCACCCAUCUGGUGUUCCUACUCCCUUUAACAGGGACUAACCAAAUGCUUAAGUAUUUAACAUUGUUAGACUUUAGCAACUUGGAUACUCUCUAAGUGCUAUUUUAACGUUGGCAGGCUUUUGAUUGUUGGAUGCUUUGUAAUUUUUAAUAUGUUUAGACUUUUGCUAGUAGAACUUAUAU